AUGUAAGUUAAUCAAGCUCAAUUUCCCAACUAAAAGUAUAAAACUUAACUCUGUAGACAUUUUAGUAAAACAUAUUAUCAAUCUUAGUUACUAAUGGUAAUUGUGCUCUAGGAGCAAGAUGUCAAUUUGCUCAUGGCAGAUAAGAACUUAGAGCUAAUGCUAAUGGAUUUUAGCCUAAUUCUGAUUUCAACAUUCAUCAAAAUCAACAAGGUUCUAUUCCUAUUAAAGUUUAAACAGUUAAUCCUAUGAUUGCAAAUUAUAAGAGUAUUAUUUUACAUUCAUUUUCCCUUAGCAUAAUUAUGCAAGCACUUCAAUCCUCAAACUGGUUUAUGCAAAAAUGGAGUUACAUGUACCUUUGCUCAUGGCGAAUAAGAACUUAAUUAAAUUAAUCCUUAUUUCCAGAAUCAAUAUAUGUAGCAGUAUAUAAUGUUUUUAUAACAGGCUUAUGCAGCAACAAAUCAAAUAAUAAAACUAAGCACAAAUAUAAGCUGAACUCACCUAAUAAAUUUUAAUCAUGAUUCUUACUAAUAUGGAACACAUCUUUCCAGGUUAAUAAGUAUUUAAUUUUCAUUAUUUUAAGGACAUCAUAAAUAUACUUAAAUAAGGCUAAGAAAAAGCCAAGUAGGGAGAUAAUUAAAGUGCAAGUGAAAUUAUUAAAUAAAUUAUUCAUGAUGAACAGAGAACUAAGGAAGAAAAAUAAUAAUAUCAAUAAAUAUAUAAUAACGCUUAAAGACAUUAUGAUUCUAAAUUAAAAGAAUACUUACACCAGUGA